CUGCUGCCUGCCCUGCCGCCUGCCAGCCCCAGCUCCUGCCCUGCCGCCCGCGGAGUCUGGGUGGGGCCAGAGGGCAGCAGGAUGUGUGAGGGCCCCUCCAGGAUCUCUGGCCCCAUCCCUCCAGAUCCUGAUCUGCUUCCAGCCUGUCCCACACGUCCCUGCUCAGCUCGAGGGAGGCUGGAAGGGAAUUCUCAGCAGCUGGGAUGUGCCUCUGGGCCCCUGGCCCCAGCUGCCAGCCUGUGCCCGGCGCCGGGCAGUGCCCGCGGGCUGCCAGCUCCUCGCAUCCGGCCCAGCGGGAGGAGCUUCCUGGAGCGGGGGCAGAAGGGGACCCUCGGCCUCCUGCUGCACCUCCAAGGCAUCUCCCUUGACGGGGCCCUGCCAGCCAGGAGGAAGGAGGCCAAGGACCACGAGAAGGAGAACCUGAGGAGGAUAAAGGAGAUCCAGAGGCAGUGCAAGGAGAAGGAGCAAGCCCGGGAGCAGAGCCAGCCCCGGCCUGUGAGAGCCCUCUGGAAGUCCCAGAGGUACCAGCAGGUGGAGUCCAAGGUCAAGGCCAAGCUGCAGGAGAGCUGCCAACCUGCGCCCCCCCAGGCUCUCAACUUUCUGCGGGCACACUCUGCCUGCGGCCCUGGCAUCAAGCCCUGCAGGUCGCCGUCCCCGCAGCCUGCCCGAGCCGAGGCAGGAGCAGACCCAGAGGCUGCAGGGGCCAAGCUGCAGGUGGAGGGCAGGGGCAUUGACUUCAUCAAGCACAAUGCCCGCAACGCCAAGCGGGCACCGCUGCGGCGCUCCCAGUCCCUGCAGGCGCUGGCAGAGCUGCUGGAGCAGAAGCAGCAGGAGCAGGAGGACUACAACAGGCAGCAGAAGGGCCACGUGCCCCAGUACCUGCUGCAGAGGAGGGAGCUGUGGCGCCGGCAGCGGGAGGAGCAGCUGCGGAGCCUGCCGGACCCCGACACACCACCUGGGCACUCCUUGGUGCCCGAGGGCCAGCGCCUGGAGACCCUCAGCAACCUGGAGCAGAGCCAGGAGCAGCUGGUGAAGGAGCUGCUGAUGCUGCCCGUGCGCGCAGACACCCUCAGCCUGCAGAAGAGGAGGGUGGAGCUGGAGAGGAAGCUCUCCCAGCUGGAAGAGGCCAUCAGGAUCUUCUCGAGGCCGAAGGUCUUCAUCAAGCUGGACUCCUGAGCCGGGGCUGGGGCUGUGCUCUGCUGCUGGCGAGGGACGAGCAGCGCUCUGGGAGGGAAGGGGCAGGGAAGGGCAGGCCCCUGGGCACACACAGUGCAGCCUCGGUGCCCAGCGUGCAGCCAGCACCCCCUGGGCUCUGUCCUGGGCACAGAAGAGGGAGGGAGAUGCCCUCACGUCCCCUGCUCUGCUCUGGAGGAGCUGCCUCUGCUGCCUGGCAUCUCAGAGAGCAGCUCUCUGCCCUGCACCCUGGCACCAGCAACCCUUCUCCCCCUGUUACACGUUUCUAGACACUGGCA